GGUCGUACUUAAUACUAUUAUUAACAAGGAGUGUCUAAUCCUACCUCCUUGAGUAGGGGAAAACAAUUUUGAGCUCCAAUUCACGGUAAAAACGAAUUUAGAUAUGAAAAAUCAGCAUUAUUACUGUUGUUUGUAAUGUUUUGAAAUCAAAAGUUAACGAAGAUAACUGAACAAACUGAGUUUUUGGUAACAAUAUACAAUUCUUAAUUAGACCCUCUGAAGAUAAUGGAUUAGUCGACAUCGUAGGCUUAUUUAAGAUGGCUGCGCCCAUGGAGGAUUCGGACGGUUCACGCGAAAACAAACAAGAAAACGAUGAGUUUCGAGUCCAGUUUAAACGUUACAAGAGACGAAAACCUCCCCCUGAUCUCAGUGAGGUGAUAGAUUUUCAGAAUUCGCAGUGGGUAUCCCGGUUUCAUCCCAAAGUGACAUGCCAAGACUGUGCCACCAUGUCAUCCAGGAAUCUUGGGCUGAAGCCAGUUGGCCAGUGGAGAUGUUUCAUGCUUGAAGGUGCUCCAGGGUUUGUUUACAUUGAAAAUCCAUUCCAUCCUGGCUACCAACGGUACUGGAUCAAGCGAUGUCUUCAGGACUACCCAAACAAGCCCAGUGUUUGCAAUCUGGACAAUCACCAUCCCAAUCGUGGAGACACCUCACUGUGGGAUGGUGAUGGAUCCAUCCAAUCAAAGAAAAAAACUCUGAUGGAUCACCUGCGAUGGGUCACCCUGGGCUACCACUAUGACUGGACCGCCAAGGUGUACCAUUGGAACCAACACACACCCUUCCCCUGUGACUUGGCCGACCUCUCUGCCUUUGUCGCGGCCGUCAUGGGGUUCUCAACCUUCCAAUCCCAGGCUGCCAUUGUGAACUACUACCAUGGUGACUCCACCCUUGGAGGACACACGGACCAUUCUGAGUUUGAUCUCAGUGCUCCCAUCAUUUCCUACAGUUUUGGCCAAUCAGCAAUCUUUCUGCUUGGUGGCAGGACGAAAGAAAUUUCCCCAUUGGCCAUGUAUCUGCACAGUGGUGACAUCAUCAUUAUGGGCGGCCAAUCACGCCUAGCCUACCAUGCUGUCCCAAGGAUUCUCAUGGCAGAAGGUUCAAAGAAGCUCCCUGCUUGUCUGGACCAAGUGGAGACCCCUGACAUUCUGGGAAGUAGCUGCAAGCACAUGUCAGGAGUAAAAUGGAGUACUCCAAACAGCAAUGGUGAAACAUUAGUUUCCAAAGUCUUUUCAGCAUGCAGCAAGGAUCACAAAUCAGAUCAGAGGCCUGCAUUCUCUGGACAUGCAGGUGUAGUGCCAAGACAGUGUGAUCAAGAAAUAACAAGCAAAGAAGGCAGUGUGCACAAAGAGAUUCAGGCUUCAGAACUGCACGAAUUAAGCCAAGGAUUUGGUACAGAGAAUGACACCGUCAGUGCUCUCAGAGGCAGUUUUAAGUUAGGCGGUCUCACCUGUGAGACGCACGGCCCAAGAUGGGCCGGUCACAUGAUUCACGAGACAACCCAGGCACUGCAGGACCCUCAAGCCUGGGAACGGUUUGCCACCUUCAUGUCCAGCACCCGCAUCAAUGUCAGCGUGCGACAGGUGACGGGGCCUGGCUGUGACUUCCCACCAGACACUGUAACUUCAUGUCAAGAACCUGACACCCAUACUUGGUCUACUUGCUCAGAUGCCUCUGGAUCAAAGAGGAAAGCUGAAUACCUAGAUCAAGGCUGAAUCACUUUAAAUCUGUGCUUCUGUUACAGUGUUUUAGGGGUUUUUGUAAUUUGUGAAACCUUUGAAAUAAAAUUUAAAGUUUUUAAAAUCUACCAAAAUUCAGCUCUAAAAUGCCGCUUAGUAAUAUAGAUUCUACAUUUAUGGUACAAUACACAUUUGGAAAGGUUGUUUUAAAGUUAAAUUUGCAUUUGAACUAUUUCCUCUUUAUAGUCUUGGUUCAAGACAAUUUUUUUCCAUGUUCCCUUUCAAGUAAAUUAAAGGUCAUAUCUAAUGGUAAAAAACAUUUUACAGGGUCAUAAAGAUGGACAUAGGAAUUGAGGGUGGUGCAUGCAUGUAGUAGCGGAUGGUACAUGUACCGACUACCGAAUAUCAGAAGCAAAUUAUCUUAUACUCAACAUUCAUAAAUACCUCAGACCCUACUCAACAACUUGCAACAUGACCUUGUAUAUGUAUUAACAUUUGAUAAUGCCCGCUGCAACUUAACAAAGCAUAAAAAUGCGCUAGCACAUCGUGAGACAGUUUAGUUCAUUCCUAUUGGUCAGGAGUCUGUGUGUGCUGCGGCACGAAGAACUUGCAACGCACGCCAAGUCCAUAUAAGGUGAUUCUUCUGGAUUUCUCGCACAAAGACUAUACGAUAAAAUGGACGAUUUUAAUGGGGAAAAUGAAAGUAAAAUUCUUGAAAAAAUCCUUC